UCACAUGUCAUAACAGUGGAAAGUACAUAUGCAACUAUUCUUAGCCCUGGAAUGUAUACACUGUCUCCCUGCCCGGUGCUUCUUUCCCGAAGUUCUAGAAAACUGUGAAAGCACCGUUUGCAUAAACAAAUCCAGAACUCUCCCAGGACAAAUCAUUUGCCAACUGAAGGAAGGCCUGGGUUUAUGGUUUCACUUGGAGCCAGAGGUGGAAGGUCUCCGGAGGGACCAGGCAGACUGGGCAUUGGGGGACGUCACUGCUGCAAACCAAGCACCUUAGUGAAUGGACACUGAGUCUUGGAGUCUCCAAGUCUUGGAGUCACCACAGCUAAACCCUUCAGCACACGCCUCCCCUUGGGACCUCUCCCCCUCCUUCUAGGAUGGAUGAGGAGUCGCCGGAUGGGCUGCUCUUCAAAGACCACGACUUCUCCUCUGACUUAUUGAGGCAGCUCAAUAGCUUGAGGCAAAACAGGCUGCUGACUGAUGUGAGCAUCUGUGCAGGGACCUGGGAGGUCCCCUGCCACCGAAGUGUGCUGGCCUCCAGCAGCCCCUACUUCCGGGCCAUGUUCUGCAGCAACUUCCGGGAGAGAAGCGAGGCCAAAGUCCAGCUGAAAGGCAUCGACCCCGCGACUCUGGACCAGAUCAUCUCGUACGUGUACACAGGGGAGGUGCCCAUCACGGCUGAGAACGUCCUGCCUUUGAUGGAGGCGGCCUCCAUGCUUCAGUACCCCAAGCUGCUGGAGGCCUGCUCCUCCUACCUCCAGAGCCAGCUGGCCCCCAGCAACUGCCUGGGCAUGAUCCGACUCUCCGAAACCUUGAGUUGUGAGACCCUCAAGAAGAAAGCCAGGGAGGUGGCCCUGACAUGUUUCCCUGAGGUGGCUGCCUCGGCCGACCUGAAGGAUCUCUGUGCUUUGGAAUUGAGAGACUACCUGGGGGAUGACGGGCUCUGCGGGGAGGAGGAAAAGGUGUUCGAGGCCCUCAUGGUUUGGAUCAAGCAUGACCUCCAGGCCCGGAAGCGACACGUGGAGGAGCUGUUCAAGCAGGUCAGGCUUCCGUACACCCACCCGGCCUUCUUCCACCACUUCAUCGCCAACGAUGCCCUCCUGCAGUCCUCGCCCUCAUGCCAGACCAUCCUGGAGAUGGCCAAGAGGCAGAUGUUUGCCACGUACAGCACCACCAGUGCCCCAGACCUCCGGCCUCCAUGGCACGUCCCCCCAAGAACCUCUUACCAGGAUUUUCUCAUCAUUUUGGGUGGGAGGAAGGACAACCAGCAGACCACCAGGGACGUUCUACUAUACAACAGACACACCAACCAGUGGCAGAACCUGGCUAAACUCCCAACUCGCCUAUAUAAGGCCUCAGCCGUCACCUUGCACCGCACCAUCUACGUGCUAGGAGGCAUGGCUGUCGGGCCAGGGAAGAACGUGCCAAGCCACAACGUCUACAUCUACUCCCUGAAGCUCAACCAAUGGAGGCUGGGGCAGCCCAUGCUGGUGGCCCGCUACUCUCAUAGAAGCACUGCCCAUGAGAACUUCAUCUUCUCCAUUGGGGGCAUUGGAGAAGGGCAGGAGGUCAUGGGCUCCAUGGAGAGAUACAACAGCAUCUUCAACAUCUGGGAGAGCAUGGCCAGCAUGCCCGUGGGGGUUCUCCACCCUGCGGUUGCUGUGAAAGACCAAAGACUCUACCUUUUUGGGGGAGAGGACAUCAUGCAGAAUCCUGUACGCCUUAUCCAGGUUUAUCACAUUUCCAGAAACACAUGGUUCAAAAUGGAGACAAGGAUGAUCAAGAAUGUGUGUGCCCCUGCUGUGGUGCUUCGGGAGAAGAUUGUUAUCGUAGGAGGUUACACAAGGAGGAUUCUUGCUUAUGACCCUCAAUCCAACAAAUUUGUCAAGUGUGCGGACAUGAAAGACCGGAGGAUGCACCACGGGGCCACAGUGAUGGGGAACAAGCUCUAUGUGACGGGCGGGCGGCGGCUGACCACAGACUGCAGCAUCGAGGACUUGGCCUCCUUUGACUGCUACGACCCUGAGACGGACACCUGGACGUCCCAGGGACAGCUUCCUCACAAACUCUUUGACCACGCUUGCCUCACUCUCCAGUGCAUACCCCACACCCCCACCUUCCCGUGAAGUUGGCAAGUAACUGUGGGUCUUAGUCAAGAUGCUUUCUAUUGUAAGAGACAGAAACCCAACUCAAAGGAGUGUAACCCCAAAAGGAUGCAGAGAGUGCCCACAGGACCAAAAGUUCCAGAGCCUGGAGGCCCGGAACCAGGCAUACUGUUGGUAGAACUCUCUGGCCCUCUCUGGCUCUCCACACCCCCACCCUAUCUCCCUCUCUCCCCUUCUCCCCCUACUUUCCCUCCUUCUCUAUCUCAUCUCUGUUAGACGUCAUGCUACAAACAAGCUUCUCUACCUACAAAGUAUGAAGACAGUGGCGACUGAUAAACUCAGUGUUUUCUAAAGUUGCAUCUCCAAGAAAGAACUUCACCAUUAUCUAUAUAUUAACCUUGAAAAUAAUCCAAAUUGGCUGUUUCUUAAUUCCAUGCCUUCUUCUUGAGUCAAUCGCUGUUUCCGGGGCUUGUGCUUCUGUA